AUGUCAGAUCUGAAUAGUACUACAUCACCUCCUUCUGUACCAGUUGAACUACCACAACCAAUCAAAAAAAAGAUAGUGUUGAGAAGAUCUGCUGCAAAAGAAGUAUUUCCUCCAACACCUAAAUAUAAAGUUGAACAACAACAACAACAAGAGCAAUCUAUUUUGUCAAGUGAAUCACUCAAACCAUCUUGUAGACAUGGUUCAAUAACUCGUUUUAGAUAUCUAACAGAAAAGAAUGAAAAUGAAUCUUCAUCAUCAUCAUCAUCAUCUUUAUUGGAUAUUAAAAGAAUCAUUGAAAUUGAAUUUCAAUUUGAUAAAGAAGAUGAAAAUACAUUUAAACCUGGUGAUUAUCUUAGUAUAUUUGCACCAAACCCAUUCAAUGUUGUAGAAUCUAUUGCCAAUAGAUUGAAUCUAAAUUUAAAUGAUCGAUUAGACAUUGAAAUGAUCGUCGUUCAAGAAGGAAAGGUUGUAAAUCUACCAGAUAAUUUAAAGAGAGCAAACGCAAGAACAAUCGGUUAUCUAUUAUCACAUGAAUUGGAUAUAUGUGGCAUUCCAUCAAAGAGAUUACUUAGACUGUUGGGUGAAAAUGCAAGCGAUCAAGAGGAAAAGAAGAAAUUGGUUCAUUUAUCAUCAAUCGAAGGAAAGGAGGAUUAUAAUCAAAUGAUUGGAAAUCGUAUCACUCUAUUGGAUCUAUUGAUUAGUUAUCCAUCCAUAUCAAACAUUCCAUUACACUAUUUGGUUGAUUUCAUCUCUCCAUUGGUACCACGAGACUAUUCUAUAUCAUCAUCUCCACUAUCAUCACAACCUCGUCAUGCAACCGUCGUCUUUUCAGUAGUCGAUAUGAACAUUAAUCAAAAGGAAAUUAAAGGUCUAUGUACUAGUUGGUUAGAAGAUAAAUGUAAUGAAUCUAUUUUAAAUAAUAUUCAACAAUUAAAUAUUGAUAAUAAUAAUAAUAAUAAUAAUAAUAAUAAUACUACAACAACAAUAAUUAAUAAUAUACCAUAUGAAAUUAAACCAACAAAUCAUUUUACAUUACCAAAGGAUACUUUAAAGACACCAAUGAUUAUGAUUGGUCCUGGAACUGGUGUUGCUCCAUUUAUUGGUUUUCUUUCCCAUUUGGAGAAAACUAAACAACCCGAUCUAAAACUGGCAGAAACAUGGUUAUUCUUUGGUUGUAGAAGUGAAUCAUAUGACUUUAUCUAUCGCGAUGAAAUAGAGUCUUUUGUAAAGAAUGGUACACUGUCACAUCUUGUUACAGCAUUUUCAAGAGAAUCAAAGGAUCAAUCUAGUCAACCAUUGGGUUACGUUCAAUCAAAAUUAUUAAAUCAUUCAUCACAAUUAUUUAAUUUAAUUACAAAUAAUAAUGCUACCAUUUAUAUUUGUGGUGAUGCAAAGGGGAUGGCAGUUGGAGUAAAAUCAGCAUUUAUAGAAAUAGUUAAAAAAGAAUUGAAAAUGAUGAUGACAAACAAGCAAAUGAAAUUGUUUCUCAAUGGAUUGCAGAUAAAAGAUAUCUAUUAG